GGUCUGCUCGGUGCCGCUUCCCCACGCGAAUCUCCGAUGGCCGCCGCCGCCGCCGCGCCGCUCCGCAGGCUGCUCCUCCGCCUCGGGAAGCAGCCGCCGCUCCCCGUCCCGCUCCUCGCCCACCUCCCGUCGCAAGCCGCCGCACCGGCCGCGGCCCCCGCCGCGCCCCCUUGCCCAGGCACGAUCCCCACCCAAGCACCACCUUCGCCGAAUCUCCGUGAACUCCUCUCCUCCUUCCACCCCGGGCUCCAGAUAUUCCCAUCGCUUGAUCCGAGAGUGGGUCGGGGCUGUGAGGGCGUGGACGCGAACGGCAACGGGGGAGGCGCCGAGGUGUGGGCGGACAGCGUGAAGAAGAAGCGCAAGCGCAAGAUGAACAAGCACAAGCUCCGCAAGCUCCGGAAGCGCCUCCGCCGCCAGACAUAGGUCGGGCCGCCGCCGCCUCACGUGUGCUCAAGGAUUUUACUUGCAAGCAAGCACUCGCCACCGCUCCCUGACUGGAUACAGGCUGAUUAUUUCUAGCAGUUUUUAUUUGAUUACAGGAGGAGCUGGUUGAAUACCAGCCUGUAAUUGUUGGCACUGGGUAUCCAUCUAUCAAGACUAAAUGAAAAUGAGCCCCAGGAAGCAGUGGUUUAUUCAUGAAUUUCUGGCCAAUAAACCUUUAAAUGAUUAAAUACUGGUGGUAUUUUGCCCUUUUCUUUUGUUCUUUUCCUAAAAGGAUGGUAUGACCCCUAUAUACUCAGUCAGAUUGUGGAUUCGUGGUGUCUCUGGAAACAUUCAUCAAUUGGUUGAGAGCUAUACAGUUUUCCUGCAAUCCUGCUCCUUCUAAAUGAGCAGUUAUGCCUGGUUAUUCCAAUUUUGUUAACGGUACUUGCAAACCAUUUCAGAAGAUAUACUGUGAACCUGGAUCUGUUCUUCUCGCAUGUGCUCGUGAAUGCGAGAAUGUCAUAUAAAUGGUAUCUCUUGGGUCCUGGCUAGUUUCUUCGAUAUCGUGUAUGUUGUGUGCUAGCUGCUCUAUGCUGUAACAGUUAGUUCUGUGAUGUGAACAAGACGUGGUUUUCAGAUAUAAGAUGGAAUUUCAUUCUUUAA